GCGCCAUCUAUAAACAGCAGUGCAAACUCUAACCAUGCUUUGGCUGGAAUGUUUGUCCAUUCAUUCCAUCUUCCGAAGUCGGGUUGAGUAGAGGAGCGGAGAUCGUGCGGCAUCUCCCGUUGUUGUUUAACCCACGUGCUUGCAUUCACCUGUGACAGCUGUUUAUAAAAACACAUAUCAAACAGAAAUAAAAUAGAAAUACGAAAAUGUUACCGACGAACUUUAUUCAGUUUUUAACACUGAUAUUGACUGUUGCCACUUUAAACUAUAUAAAUUGUUUUAAUUUAGAAACCCGUUUACCUGUAAUUAAAAAGGGACCUGAAAAUUCCUAUUUUGGAUAUUCUGUAGCUCAACAUCAAAUAAUUGAUGAAAAUGGCCAGAGGACGAGUGUAUUAUUAAUUGGUGCUCCCAAGGCUAGAACAGUUGGCUAUAACCAUUCUGGUGCUGUGUAUAGUUGUCCUCUAACAAAUUAUAAAACUGAUUGCUCUCAACUUGUAAUAGAUCAAAAUCUUAAUCACGAUUACGGAGUUAUUAAAAACGACCAAUGGCUAGGAGUAACAGUUUCGAGUGGAGGACCAGGAAGCUAUGUGAUGUCAUGCGCCCACCGAUUUGUGUUGUCUGGUCCAGACUAUCAAUGGGGUCAAGGCAUUUGUUACUCUUUGUCUCAAAAUUUAAAACUUGAAAAGGCUUUUGAACCUUGUAGAAAUCGUCCUGUUAAUAAAGCUCAUGAACAAUAUGGGUACUGUCAAGCAGGUACAAGUGGUAUGGUUGCUGAUGGGAACACUAUAGUAGUUGGUACACCUGGUCCUUUUACAUGGCGGGGUACAGUAUUUACCACUAGCAUUUCAUUUAAAAUUCGUGAUGAUAAACGUUGGUAUUAUGGUCCAAUUAUGGAAGAUGCUUCUCCUGUUGAUAAGUACAGCUAUCUCGGUAUGGCUGUGACUUCCGGCGCCUUUUUCAAUGGUAAACAAAGCUAUGUUGCGGGUGCUCCUCGAUCAAAUGGUACAGGACAAGUUGUUUUCUUCACAAAAAUAAAUAAAGCUGUUAUAUUUGAUGUUCAACUGAUUCUGAGUGGAGACAACUUUGCUUCUUCAUUUGGAUAUUCACUUACCUCAAUUGAUAUAAAUAAUGAUGGGUAUUUAGAUUUAGUGGUGGGAGCACCUUUUUACUUUAAGAAGGGCAAAGGUGGUGCUGUCUAUAUUUACAUGAAUUCUCCUGAGGGUUUAUCAGAGUUAACGGAACCAAUUAAGAUUACUGGGAAACCCGAAUCAAGAUUUGGUUUUUCUGUUGAAAAUGCUGGUGAUUUAAAUCAAGAUGGAUUUCCUGAUCUGGCGGUUGGAGCACCAUAUGAAGAGAAAGGUGGAGCUGUUUAUAUUUAUUCAGGCUCAUCUGAAGGUGUUAUUCUUACUCCAUCUCAGGUUAUUCACCCUAAAGACGUUGCCGAAGCUAGUGGACUAACCACCUUUGGUUAUUCACUAAAUGGGAGGAUGGACAUUGAUAGUAAUGGUUAUCCAGAUUUAUUAAUUGGAUGCUAUGAAGCUGAUACAGCAGUUAUGUUAAGAUCUAGGCCAGUGUUAAACAUAGUGACUUCAGUAAGUGGCCAACUCCAAAAUAUCGAUCCAGACGAAAAAGGGUGUGAAAGGGACAAAAGCUCACCUAAUGUGUGCUUUUCUUUUGAAGCCUGUUUUCAAUUCAAUUCUUCUAUAUCGUCUUCUCAAGGACAACAGCUUAAAUACAAAAUAGAGGCUGAAACAUUCACUGGACGAAAAUAUUACAGGGUUCGUUUUAAAUCCUCUUUGAGUAGUGACACACCAAACAUUGUUGAAAAAGAAAUUGUUUUAAAAGGCAGCUCUGUCGGUAGAAUGCAUUGUUCUGAGGAAAUUGUUUAUCUAAAGGAAAAAAGUGAUAUACAGAAUCCAGUACAGUUCAAAUUGACGUAUUCUCUGAUACAAAAAGAUCCUGUACAGCCCUCAUUUAGUUUAGAAUUGCCAGAUUUGAAUGGUUAUCCUAUUCUUAAUCAACAAGAAGCAUCCAAAAUUUUUGAAGCUAAAUUCCUGAAAGAUUGUGGCUCAAAUGAUAUUUGUGAAAGUGACCUGAAUGUUAUUGUUGAUAUAAAUCUAACAAAAGAUGAUGAAGGAAAGCCAAUAUUGUUCCUGGGUGAAAAGCAACUUGCAUUAUCAGUCAAAGUAAUGAAUACCCGAGAACCUGCCUAUGAUGCUAUGCUGUAUGUUUUUCAUCCACCUAGCCUUAGCUUUGUCGGAAAAAAAGUGGUUAAAGGAGAUCAGAUAGAAUGUGUUCCUUUUAAUGUAACUACUGUGAAAUGUGAAUUAGGAAAUCCUCUUAAAGAUAAUGAGGUGGAACUACAAGUUAGAUUCAACCCAAAAGAUGUUGGUCCUGAUGAAAGAAGUUUGAAAAUGAGCGUGAAAGUCAACACGACAAGCGUAGAGGAUUUACCUCGAGAGGACAUCACAAUUGAAGCCGGCAUAGUGAAAGUUGCUGAAUUAGAAAUCAGAGGGGCAUCUCAACCUGAGCAAGCUUUCUAUGGAGGGGACACUACUCGAGUGCCAAAUUAUAUUGAUGAUGUAGGUAGUGAAGUUGUCCACAUAUUUGAGGUUAUAAAUCAUGGCCCUUGGUUGGCAACAGGAGUUGAAGUGGUAGUAUCUUGGCCAGUUGAAGCUGCAGACUCUUACCAACAAGGCAAAAGACUUUUAUACAUUGUUGAAAAUCCAGAGGUUAUUGGUAAUGGCUAUUGUGAAUUAGAUGAUUCUCUGUUGAACCCUUUAAAAUUAAAAAGACACCCUGAAGAGUUGAGAUUAGCUCCUUACCGCUCAUAUAAGAAAAGAUCAAAACGUGAAGUUCAACCCCAAGAAUUAAGAAUGGAUGGAAAAAUUGUCAAAGUUGUUAACUUGGAUUGUGAUGCAGGUACUGCAAAAUGUUCUCAAUUCACUUGUAUGUUUAGAAGUUUAGAGAGAGAUAGCACUGCUGUUAUAAGGAUUAAAGCAAGGUUAUGGAACAGCACCUUUGUUCAAGAUUAUCCAAAUGUUGAUUGGGUGAGCAUAGUCUCUAGAGCUUUUAUUAGAACUAUAUCUGAAGACAUAAAACAAGAAGAUAGUAAUGAUUUUGCUUUGGCUGAAACAAAAGCUUAUCCUGAUAUCUUGUUGUUUCAAAAAACUGAAGAAGUUGCUUUAUGGAUCAUUAUAUUGGCAGCUUGUGCUGGAAUACUUUUGCUCAUUUUACUUAUCAUCAUCUUAUGGAAGUGUGGAUUCUUUAAAAGGAAGAAGCCUGGUUAUGAACGGGCUCCCACAUCUGAAAAGGAAUAUAUAUAAAACUUCUUAUGUGCUUUUUAAUGAAGGUUGUGCAUUGUGCGAUAAUCAAAAUGGAACCCAUGUUGUGUUCAAGUUUAUAGAACAAAACGUCACUCCUUCACAUCAGGGCGAACAAGAUUUUGCCAUUCAAAACUGUGAUGUGUGUAAGGUGAUACCAUACGUAUAUUUAUGGCUGCCAUAAUUUUGAGCUUUUCGAGGAAUUUUUCUCUUGCUGUGAUUGGUUGAAAUCGUGAAGUACUUUUUCCUGUUUUGAAGCAGACCACAAUAAUUAGCCAAUUUCCAAUAUGCUCAACCUGUUGAACCUGUUGUUGAAAAUGUGAUAUUAAAGAACCAGUUUGGAGAGCAUUUAUAUAUUGUGUAAAAUGUUCAUGAAAAAUAACUGGUUUUAGAAAUUUUGUAUGGCUGUAUUGUGAAAUAAGGAAUUUUAAAAAAAUUACUUUUAAUAUAUUUUUACAAUAAAUUUUUAAAGUGUUGAAUUUAUUAAUAAUUUUUUUAUUAAGUAUGUAAACAUUUUGAGAUUUUUAGUUACUAAACUAGACAUAUACUUUACAUUUAAUAAUAAAGUAACUAAUUUAAUGCAUAAAAAAAAGCAGAUGUUUAAUAAUUUUAAAAGAUACUAAUUUUUAAAGCAUAAAAAAUUUGCAUAUUAUAUAUUUUUAAUGUAAUUAAAUGCGUAAAAUUUAUAUUUUUCUCUCCUUCGCUUUUGUAUGAGAUAGGUUAUUGUUGUUUGUAAAUUUUUAAAAAAAAAAUAUCUAUUCAUUUUGCAAAUUUUUACACAUUUUUUUUAUAAUUUCAAUUUUUUCUAGUUGUAUACAGCAUUUCUAUUUACUAUCUGAUGACUUAUAUUUUAAAAAACUCUAUUAUUUUAAUUUUUUAAAAAAUUAUUUAUAUUUUUUUCAAAUUUAUUAUUUAGAAAUAAUGUUUAAGACUGAAAGUGAGUGCAUACCAAACUCACACUUUCUAUAGCUAAGUUACAUUUAAAUUUAGCUUAAUCAAUUUAAAAAUUCAUGUAAAAUUAACUAUAAUAGAAGAGUAAUAGAUAAACUAUUAUAGAAUAAUAAUAAUAAGGACAGAGUUGACUUAAUUUUUUCUUCCCAACCAAUUUUUAAUUUAUUUUUCUUUGUUAAUUUGAUUGUCAAAUAAAAUUUAUUAUUUUAAUUUAUAGAUUUAUAUAAUACUUUUCUGCAUGUUUCUCCUGGUGAUUGAAACUGUUUAAAAAACUAGUUUAAGUUGUACAGUUUAUAAUUUUUUUCUAUAUCUUACUAUUUCAUAAUUUUUGUUAUAGUUAUAUGUGUUUUUUUCGUUAUAAAUACAUUAGUUUAUUUAAUUAAUAUUCCCUCCUUUCUAUUUUGAAUUGAUGUUUUUGUAUAAUACAUUUUGAGUUGAUCAUCUGUAAAUAACCUUUUGUGCCUUACUUUGUAGAUAACUUUUUUCACAUGUAAUGUUCAUAAAUGUGUACAGUUUUAAAAAUUUUUCAGUUUAAAAAUUUAUGUGUAAACUAUGUGUGCCAAGAAAUGUGGUUAUUAUUUCCAAGUAUUAACAUAAGGCCCAAACAACCAUAUUUGGUGCUAUUUUGAAAAGGUAGAUGAUUUAAUAUUGUAAAGUUUUAAUCUAUUUUAAGUAACAUAUUUUUAAGCAUUUUAAUAAGCAUUUUAUCAAUGUUUUGUGAUUGUAAUUAAGUUGAUAAUGUUUAAAUAUUUAAGACUGAGCAUACCGACUAUUUUUUUAAUGUUUUUAAUAAGAUUGAUACUUAAAUUUGAUAUGUACUGUAUGAUAUGAUUCAUUUUUUUUCACUCCGUGCAUUUAAUAAAAUUUUAUACAAUACA